AUGAAUAACGGUUACCAUAUUACCAAUAAUUAUAAUAGCGAAAAUAGUAAUGUAGCAACAGCAACCGAUAAUACACUCAAAGAUAAUAAUUAUGAAAACAACAAUAUCAGUACCAAUAAUAACUAUAAUAACAAUAGUAACAACAACAACAAUAGUGGCAAUAUAAAUAAUAUAAAUCAUGAUGAAUUCGAGUUAGAGGGUAUUAAAACAGUAAAUAACUAUGAUGUAUUUUCAUCAGAGGAUGAAAGUUUCCGCCAUAGUGGGCCAGCGUUAGGAAAGAAAAGAAAAUUCACGGACCCUGACGAACUAGACUCUGUAAAUAAAAAUCCAAAUUCAACAUUAAAUGGUCACAGUGAAGAUUUAAGCAAAUCAAAAUAUUUACAAACAAUAAGAGAAUCAUUAGUCAAACCAAAAUUUACAAAUCCCGAGAUAGAUAAGAGUUUAAUCCGGUAUCCUAUAAAGUCCCGUGGUGGUAAUUGGAAGAACAUCGAAGAGGAUAAUAGAAAUAAAUCAGAUCCACAAAAAGUUAUAAAUAGAUUACGGGUCAAUGGUUUUUUAUAUGAUCACGAUACAAAUGAUUCAAUUUCAUUACAACUAAGUGAUCCAAGAGAUAAAUACGAAAUUGAUAGAAUGAAUCAAUUAAAACAAUCUUCACAAGUCGAAUUAAUAAUUCCUUCAUUUUUUAAAACAGCUCAUAUUAUAAAUACUAAAAAAGGAACUGAAAGAUUAAUUAAAGAUAUGGGUAUCUCAGAAUAUGGAGGAUAUAACAUAGAGGGUGAAACAGGUGAUUGGAUGAAUCAUCUAAAACAACAAAUACAUCAAAUAGAACAACCUCCGCCACCACCACCACCACCAUCUCCUCCUCCACCAACCCAAUUUAAUUAUAUUCCACAUUCACCAACUACUCAUUUACAACAACCUUACUAUGGAUAUCCACCACAACAACCACCACAAUCACAACAACCUGUUUAUUCACAUCACUUAUAUUAUCAACAACAACAAUUACAACAACUACAACAACAACAUCAACAACAACAUCAACAACAACAGCAACAACAUCAGCAACAACAUCAACUACAACAACCACCACCACCACCAAUACCACAGCAACAACACUACCAACCACAUAACGAAUAUUAUAACCCAAGACACCCAACUGAACCAUUAACGCCAAAACAAGAUUCAUAUCCACAUUUUUCAUUUUCCAAAAUUUCAAAUAAUGAAUAUGGUAAUAAUUUAACUCCAAAUAGAUCAUACAGGGAUAGAGAAUGGGAUAGAGAUAGGGAGUGGGAUAGAUCAUCAUAUGGUAGAGACCAUUUUCAUUCAUCACCACAUACUAUAGCGGCAAACUCCGUUCCACCAACACCCACAAAUAAUAGUUUACAAUCGUCCACCAACUCUAUAAUGGCAAUGGAGAUUGGAACAGCAACACCACCAAUAAAUACAUCAACACCAACAAUAGCACCAACUCUAAACCCUAGUACAACUCCAUCAUUAAUAAGACCAAGUGGAUUAUCAAGAGGUGAACCUGUAUUAAAUAGUAAUAUAAAUAAUAAUAGCAUUGUAAAUUCAAAAGAAACUGAAAAAACUCCUUCUAUACCAAAAAAGAAAAGCAAAUUCAGUACACCAAAACCGUCACCCUAUUCUAUUCAAAUACCAAUGUUACCUGAUGAAAAAUUAUUAAAGGAGGCGACAACAACAGCAACAGGUUUUAAUAGUACUAGUAUUAUAUUGGGUAAAGAGAAAAAGAAAUAUUCCGACAGGUUAAUGUCACAUUUUAAAAUCUUUGAUCCAGUUAAUGUAUAUUUAGAUGAAAGUUUUUGGUAUAUUGAUUUUAGAUCCGCUGAUUCUAGAGACAGAGCAAUUAGUGUAUUAAAUGGGACUUAUAUAAAUGAUUGGAAAUUAAAUGUAGAUAUAAAGAAAACGAAAGCAAUCAACAUAGAACUAUUAAAAGAACAACAAAAAGAAGAGGAAGAUCUCGAAAAAGGAAUUAAACCAAAAAUAAAAACAUUCAAUAUCCAAGAGAAUGAACAUAUCUUAAAAGAAAUUUGUAAAAUUUUAGUCAGCACAGAACUAUUAACAACCUCAUCCAAAGAUAUUGCAAAAACUUUUGUAGAGUCUGAAAUUUUUAAACAAAUUAAAGAAAUUGAUUCUCAAAGACCAGAACCAACUCCAACAAUUCCUUCAGCUAAAGAAAAGAAAUCAUCCUCAUCAAAUAGAGAAAAGAAACCACCACCAUCUUCAACAAUUACAACCUCUACAGCAGGCUCUAAACUUGAUAUUGCCAAUAUACCAUCAUUUAGAAAACCAGAAAAGAAAACAAAGAACCAUUUCUAUAGUGACGAAAGUGAAUCAAGUGAUGAGGAAUCUAAAUAUAGCUUAUCAUCUGCAUCGCCAUCCCCAAGAUCACCAGUCAAAGAAAAGAAACUUACCUCGCAUCAAACAACAGCCAGAAAAGCUUUAUUAUACUCUGAUGAUGAGGAAGAUGAACUUCAUCAAGAAGACCAAGAAUUAGAAAAUAUUGAUGUUGAAAAUGUUACAGCGGGUCAAAGAAACAACAAAUAUUUAUCAGAUUCUGAAGAUCAAUUUUCAUCACACAGCGAGGAUAACAUUAAUGGAACUACUAUAAACAACUAUGAAUCUAUGAGUUUAUCAGAGGAUGAUUAUAGCUCAGACGAUGAACCUGUAAAUAAAAAAAGAGGAGGCAAAAAAGAUUCAAAAUCAAAAUCGAAAUCAAGUAAAAAAUCAAAAUCAAAAUCUAGAGAUUCUUCUUCUAAAGGAACUAAAAAGAAAUCGAUAUCUACAACAACGACAACAACAAUCACAAAAUUAGCCAAAACAACCAUUACUAAAAAGAAAACCAAUAGUAAUAAGCUUAUUCCAACAGACAUUAUAAACUCAAAUUUAACACCAAGAGACGAAGAGGAUGCAUUUUAUUUAAAACAAGUAAUGAAUGACGCCUCAACCAUCCAACAACUUUUAUCUACAAAAUCUGAGGAAGACUUUGAAGAUAAUGAAAGUAUUGGUACAAUGAAUAGUAGUUUAUCACCUCGUCCAGCCACACCAUCAUCACAACCACCAUCCACUACAAUUAAUAAAACAUCAAAUAAAUCAAAAGUUUUAAAGAGUUUAGAAGAUAGCUCUGAAGAAGAAAAUUUAAUGAAUGAUAAUCAAUUAGUAAGUGUAUUUAAAAAACAACCAGAACAAGAAGAGGAAGAGGAAGAAGAAGAGGAACAAGAAGAACCUAUCAAUAGAGAAACUGAUGAAAGUAUUAUAAAUAAAAGUUUUGAUAAUAUUGAUAUAUCAAAUACUCAUGUUAGCCAAACCGGUUGUGCUCGUACCGAAGGGUAUACCAGAGAUGAUAUUCAAAAAUAUUUUAAAAAGAAAGUUAUUGCACCAGUGGGUAAAAGAGGGGCUGCAUUAUCAUCAGCAUCCGACUCUGUACCAUUAACAUCACUUUCAUCACCAGCAAACAAUGGUAACAAUAGUAAUGCAGCCGCAGAUUUCGAUGUGGCAUCAAGAUCAGCAAGAUCAUCAAGAUUUGAUAGUAGAUUUCAAGGCUCAGACUCUGUUACAUUAGCAUCACUAAAGUCAAGAAGAAAAAAAAUCAAAUUCCAGCGUUCUGAUAUUCAUGAUUGGGGUCUUUUCGCCAUGGAAACUAUUAAUGCAAAGGAUAUGGUCAUCGAAUAUAUUGGCGAAGUUAUUCGUCAGAAAGUAGCAGAUGAAAGAGAAAAGCGUUAUAUAAAGAAAGGUAUUGGUAGUAGCUAUCUCUUUAGAGUGGAUGAUGACACUAUUAUCGAUGCAACUCUCAAGGGUAAUCUUGCUAGAUUCAUUAAUCAUUGCUGUGACCCAAAUUGUAUAGCUAAAGUUUUAACAAUCAACAACCAAAAGAAAAUUAUUAUCUACGCAAAAAGAGAUAUUAAUAUUGGUGAAGAAAUUACUUAUGACUACAAAUUCCCAAUCGAAGACGAAAAAAUACCUUGUUUAUGUAAAUCUCCAAAAUGUAGAGGUACUCUUAAUUAA